AUGCUUUCGCGCGCGGCGCAACGUGCCGCAAAGGCCCCAAUUGCCCACUUCUCAACUUCUGCUCGCUCCCUCGCCAAAUCUAGCCGCUUCGUCCCUGCUGGUUCUGCUGCUCCCAAGCCAGCAAAGCAGGCUCCCUCUGCCACUUCUGCUCGUCAAACCUCACCAGGCACCAGCCUUCCCAAGGACAAGACAUGGAAGCCCACCGAUAGCAUCAAGUUCGCUGCUCCUGCUGCCGCCGCUUCGCAACCUGUCCGUCCCGCCGCCGAUGGUCCCGUAGUACCAGAUGCUUCUGCCAGCACCCAGUCUUCUCCCUCCGCAAACACCACUCCUUCAGAGCAGCCCGGUCCUUUCCCCAAGACCACUUCCUCAAAUCAAGCCUCGGAAGCCAGCAACCCUGCCUUCUCAGGCCCGCAAUCCGCAGAUGCAAACACAACUCCUACAGAACAGCCCACCGAGUCCCAGCCCUCCGGCCCCCUGCCUGAUUUGCGCCAAGGUAUUCCCUCGACCUUUGACUUUGAGUUCAUGAAGAAGGAGGCUAGCGCACAAAACCCCACUGAGCAGAAGGUUACUGGUGAAGAGACUCCCGAGUCCACUCCCGAAGCUGCUGGAUUUGGUGGCAGACGCGGAGGAGAGGGCGAGGAUGAGCAAUACCGCCGUGAGGAUUACGAGACAUCGUUCGACAAGCGUCGCGCCAGAAUGGCCAACUACGGUUAUAUCUCAUUGUUAGCUUUCGCCGCUGCUGGUACCGCAUUCUUCACAAGACCCUACGGAGCCGACGAGACCCCUCAAGGCCUUGAGCCCGAGCACAUCACUGGAUGGGCACCUCAGAGCAUGUACGCUCGCGUCAAGAACCGCAUGAGCAGCCAAGCUGCCUACUACACCGAACCUACCUUCCAAAAGUUGCUCCCCGAGGUCCCCGAGGCUCAGCGCCCCCUUUCACCCCUGGUCCUCUCUCUUGAAGACUUGCUCAUUCACAGCGAGUGGUCUCGCGAGCACGGUUGGCGUACUGCCAAGCGUCCUGGUGUCGACUACUUCCUCAAGUACCUUAGUCAGUACUACGAGCUGGUUCUCUUCACUUCGGUUCCCGUCGCCAUGGCCGACCCUGUCAUCAAGAAGCUCGACCCCUUCCACAUCAUCCAAUGGCCCCUGUUCCGUGAAGCCACCAAGUACGAGAAUGGUGAGUACGUCAAGGACUUGAACUACCUGAACCGCCCUCUCGACAAGGUCAUCAUGAUCGACACCAAGGACGCUCACGUCAAGAACAACCCCAACAACGCCAUCGUUCUGCCCAAGUGGGAAGGCAAGCCCUCAGACCCUCACGCCAAGGACCUCGUCGCCCUGAUUCCUUUCCUCGAGUACGUCGCUACCAUGGGCGUGGAAGAUACUCGCAAGGUUCUUGAAUCGUUCGCCGGCUCCAACAUUCCUCAAGAAUUCGCCGCUCGUGAAGCCAAGGCUCGCGAGGCUUUCCAGAAGCAGCUCGCAGAUGAGCAGUCACGCCGUCCUCAACGCUCAAUCGGUGGUCUCCUCAACAAAGCUCUUGGCAUCAAGGCUCAACCCGGCGGUCUUUCACUAGACAACGAAACCACCGUUGCUGAGGGCUUGUCCCAAGGCAAAAUGCUGUCCGACCAGAUCCGCGAGCGCGGUCAGCGUGAGUACCAACGCCUCGAAGCCGAGAUCCAGAAGAACGGCGAGAAGUGGCUCAAGGAGAUGGAAGAGGAAGAGAAGAAGUUCAUGGAGAACAUGAGCAAGGACAUGAAGAAGAGUUGGUUCGGCUGGGGUUCAGCAUCAGGAGCCCCUACAACCAGCGAGACAGCAAAGAGACAGGAGUAG